UGCCGAUGCCGAUGCUGAACACAAUGGCCUCCUCGUCUUCGAACCCUUGUGCGGCCUCGACGAGCAAACUUGGCAUGUCUGCCGUUUGCUCGCCUUUUGUGCCGCCAACCUGACGUGCCUCACCGUGCCUGCCUGCCUGCUCGCAUCCAUUGCUUCGUCACCAACUGGUCGACGACAAUUUACUAACGCCACAUUGACAGUACCGCAGCAAGAAUGCCGCCGAAACGAGGAAAGAAGCGGAAGCACCAGGAGACGACCAACGGUGAUGGGACCAACGGCAAUGUCGCACUUGCACCUCCAGACCGCGACGCUUGGGAGGGCUGGGUGGAAAUGGAGAGUGAGCCAGCUUUCUUCAAUGUCAUGCUGAAAGAGAUGGGAGUUCGAGGAGCCAAAGUGCAAGAAGUAUUAUCUAUUGACGAAGAGGGACUCGCCAUGUUGCCGAGACCAGUGCAUGCACUCAUAUUCCUUUUCCGCUACAGGACCCAAGAUGAGCAAGACCAGUACACCGGAGCUCCGCAGAAACACAUCUGGUUUGCGAACCAGGUUCCCGAUUUUGCCUGUGCUACCAUUGCCACCUUGAACAUCGUCAAUAACAUUCCUGGGCUGCAGAUGGGAAAGGAACUUCGCGAGUUUAGGGAACUCACCAAAGACAUUGAUCCCAUCGAGCGUGGCCGGGAGAUUAAUCGCUUUGAUUUUGUGAGGCGCAUUCACAACUCAUUCGCAAGCGAGAACGAUAUUUUGACUGCUGAUUUGCACGCUCGGGGAAAAAUCGCUAAAGCUAAGAAGAAAGCGGCAGCCGAAAAAGCUAAAGCUACAAGGCAAAAGAACAAGGUGAAAGACGAGUCCGACGCGGAGGCGCCCAGAAGGCCAACUAGGGCCGAGCGCGCAAGCAGGACAAGUCGCACACCAACGAUAGACACAGAUGCUUCGUCGACGAAACCAUCAAAGCCAACACAGAACGCCGUCAAAUCGGUGAAGUCGAGCUCCGAGCCAGACGCAGAUGGCGACUUCAAACUCAGCGGCAAAGGGAAGGCGCGCGUGACCAAGCUGAAGGGACCACGUCCACCCGACUCAGAGACCGAGGAAGACGUCGAAAAACAGCCUCGCCGCUCUGGCCGAGCACGCAAAGCUCCCAAUCGGGACGUCUAUGUCUCCGAAGCGCCAGAAGUGCACCAGUCCGGCUUUCACUUCAUCGCCUACAUGCCCAUCGGAGACCAUGUCUGGAAGCUUGACGGCCUCGACUACCACCCUCACGACAUGGGCUCUUUCGGAGUUGGUGGCAACGGUGCCGACGGCGGGACCGGAGACUGGUUGCAUUUGGUCGCACCCGUUCUGCAGGACCGCAUGCAGAUUGCCUCAGACGAAGGUGAACACGGUUUUACGCUUCUAGCUGUCGUUCACGAUUCCAUCCUUGAGGACCGUCAAGAGCUUUGCUGCAACAUUAAAACCCUGCAGACCAUUGACAAGCGCCUAGACAAUGUCUACGAUGACUGGCGCAAUCUCGAUGAAGUAAAAUUGCAGUGGAAGGCCGAGACUCUUCUCGGUCCAUCAAAUGAGUACGAUGUGUUCAAUUUCGACAUUGAUCAGGCCAAGGUGCCCAAAGACAUUGCGGACAAGCUGGAGGGUAAUGAUGAUCUCGCACACUUGAUCAAGUUGCGGCAACAGAGCGCAUCGCGGCAGACACAGAUCCGUUCAAGCAUGCGAGACGUGAAGGAGGCGGAGGAACGGGAUGUAGAGCGAGCAAAGCAUCGGAGACAUGACUAUGGCAAGUUCGUGAGGAGAUGGCUUGGGGCUUUGGCGGACCAAGGGACGCUGGAAGAUGUUCUGGGGUAGAAUUCCUGUCUCGCUGAUCGCGGUGAGGUUGAGGUGGGAGAGUGUGACCAUUGCAGUCCUCGCUACUGCAUAAACAAAAACGUGACGCAGUGGGAACAAAGACGGCAUUCUCCGCAC